AUGCCAUCAGAAAACAUAACACCACGAGUUAAUGAUUUGCUUUUGGAAAAUAGAGACAACAGACGCAGGAAUGGAAAUGCUCUAUCUACUAAAACCAUCACGUACUCAAUAAGUAUACUAGUAGUUAUUUUAAUCAUGGCAAUUCCAAUUGCAUACACUCUGUCAGAGAUAGUUAUGUACGCAUACCGAAAUAAUGAAACUGCUUCAAAAUACAUUGGAAUAAUUAUAAAUUCAAUAAAUGUCAGAGCACUGCAUGCGCCAAAGAAGGCUGAAGACGUUGAAAACUCUUUGAAUGAAGAUUCAUUCACGACCAAUACUAAUCCAGAAAGCGAUUACUUGUCACAUCAUUAUCAACCUCCAUCUGCAAAGUGUAAUAAGCGAAUUGUUGGAUACUACACCGACUGGGAGCCUCGCAAAAUAUCUGCAAAACAACUACAAAAACUGACUCAUUUGAUAUUCACAAAUGUUCCGAUGAACUCCUCUGGGCACGUGUUCUUUGAGAAUUUAGCACAGAGACGGCGCUUUUUGGAGAUUAACAGAAAAGCCCAGCUAAUGAAUGUAAAAGUUAUGUUUUCUAUCGGUGGACACAAAAAUGCCGAACAUUAUUCUACUGUUGUAGCAGAUUCUACUAAAAGAAGUGUGUUCAUAGAUUCUAUUGUUUCAUUCAUCAAAUCCAACAAUGCGAGUGGUGUGGAUCUAUUUUGGGAAUGGCCCAACAUAAGCGAAAUGAAUGAUUUUAUUACUACAAUAAAGGAACUUCGGAAAAAACUAGCUGCAUUAACAAAAGCCCAACCAAAAGGUACUCGUUAUCUUCUGAGCAUAAUUGUUCCAAGCUCUCCAAGUGAUUUGGAAUAUUACCUCAGAAUGGAUGGACUCCUUCACUAUGUAGAUUUUUUGAAUGUUCUCACAUAUGGAUACUAUGCACCAUGGAGUGGAGUGAAUGGAAAGUUUGUUGGACCUAAUGCCCCGUUAUAUGGAGGUAAUAGAGAAAAUGUUGAUGAAACAAUGCAAUACUUGAUAUGUAAAACAAGGACUCCAAGUAAACUAAACAUGGCACUCUCUUUUUACGGAAGAUAUUGGGAGAAUGUGAAUGACAAUGUGCCAGAUGAAAUGUUUAAGGAAGCGGAUUUAAUAAAUGGUAAAGCACAAGGAAUGUUUGUUGCUUGGAAGAACCUAGCUGGUAGAGGAUGGGAUAAAUCAGAAGCUUUGUGGCAUGAAGAAACUCAGAUCCCUUAUAUUUGGAACAGCGAGGAGAGGAAAUUCUUUGUAUUCGAAAAUGAACGAAGUCUGCAAGCGAAAAUGGAUUACGCAGCAGAUCAUAAUAUUGGCGGAGUGUAUAUAUGGGCAUUGGGAGCCGAUGAUAACAAUGAUACUUUAUUAAAUGUGGUUUCAUCUGCAGAUUUAUGUGAAGGAGGAAGUGGAAAUACACUGAUUUCACUUUGUGGUUGA